GAGGAGCCCAUUAGGCUUUUUAUUAGGGUUUCACGGUUUUCACUCCCUCUCUAUCUGGCCUCUCCUCUCCUCUCCUCCCUGUCAUUCACCUGUUUCUCUCAUUUCGAACUCAAUCUUCUCUCCUCUCCUCCAUCAAUCUUAGAGAAAAAAUGGUUAAAUUCGGGGUUUUGAUUUGCUUGAUAGAUCCAAGGGUUUAUUAACGGGGUUGCGCCGGAUCCUUCUGAAGGUUUUUCCUCAACGCUACCAGAAGAGACGGGGGUUUAUUGAUGGGGGUUUAUUGACGGGGGUUUCAAAUUUGCGCAACAAUUUCUGGGCAGCGUAUUGUUAUGGUUCGUUGCGAAGAGAUCGCACUUUCUGGUGGUCUUGUUAGGCAGAAGAUGAAGUAUCUUCGCUUUCUUCGUAAGAGGAUGAACACCAAACCUUCUCAUGGUCCUAUUCAUUUCCGUACUCCUUCUAAGAUCUUCUGGCGUACUGUUCGAGGGGGUAGAGUUGAUGAAGGAGAGAUUUGCAAAGUUGUUGUUGGGAGGGGACAUGUCUGGUGGUGGAAAGGGUGUUUGCACUGCUCUUGCUAUCUCAAAUGCAAUUACCAAUCUUGCUGCGGUGUCUAAUGGUCGGCCUUUUGUUAGACAGGAGGAGAAGUGGUGGUUGCCUUGUCCAAAAGUCCGCCUCGUGGGUUGUCUGAGGAUGCUAGGAAGAGGUUCCAGCAGUGUAGAGAUUGUAUUAACCAAAUUCUCAAGGCUGCUAUGGCAAUUAAUACCAGUGUCAUUGCUGAGAUGGAGAUUUCUAAUGUUUACUUGGAGUCUUUGCCUAAGGUAGCAAUCCUAUUGAUGUUACGGAUUCAUGUUGGGAGAUGUAUGUCAUUGUUCAGAAGAUAGCUGACCCAGAGGGAGACCAGAGUAGAUUGCUAUAAACAGCUCUAGAUAUGAGCCUGAUACAGUUUAACAAGGAUGUUGGGCAAGCAAUGCGGCAAAGCUACCCAAGAGUUUUGGAGAGCUUAGCAUUUACAUUAUGGCUAGAAUAGACGAUUUAUUAUUUUAGGUAGUCUUAUGUAAACUUGUUUAAUUAUUAUUACAAUGAUUUGCUUUUGCUUUGUUUUAGUUUUAGUUAGGAAAUAAUAAAAGCAACUUUUCUUGAUUCUA